UUCUAGGGAGACACAACUUAGGAGAUGUCACAGAUAUUGUUGAACACCUUGAAAGAGGACUUAGAUCCUUCUUUGGUGCAAAUUCUAGAUACAGAUACCCAAUUAAGUGGAAUCACUGAGAAAUAUUUACUGGAUUUAUUGAUUAAUGACGAUUUACUAUCCACCGAUAUAUACACUACAACAAGCUCCAAUUCACAGGAAAAUAGCUCUGAUAAGAAAAGAACGUUGACGGAGGAGAUUGCUGAGCUUGACCAGCAGCAUCGUCAAAUUGACUUGAAGUUAGCUUCAAUUACAAACAGUAAUAGAGACUUGAUCAUAGAUAUCAGUGAAGAUUUAAAUUCAAUCAACGACCAAAUAGAUAGCAAAUUGAUCGCAGAGAUUGAGCAUAUGCUUAAGACAUUGAAGUUAGAAGAAGUGGAGCAGGAUGCUGAAAAAAGCAAAGCCAAUAGCGAAAGUAUGGAUAAAUUCAAUAUCACAAUCAAUGAGAGACUUACCAAUUCGAUCAAGACUAAUAAUUCUGUUUUAUCUAAUAUUGAUUCGAUUCUCGAUAUAUUAGAGAUACCAACGUUAUGCAAAUUGUGUAUAUUACAAGGUAAUUAUCAAGAGUCUUUGGAAAUAUUUAUGCUAUCGCAGACCCUUGUUAUUAGAUUCCCUAAGUUAGUUGUGUUCCGAAAGAUUCAUGAUCAGGUCGAUAGAGAAUUACAAUUAAUGGUUCGUGGUCUAAUCAAGUUGCUUAAUACCAAUUUAAAACAAAAUAACAUCUUGAAAAUAUUUCAAAUUUUGAAUAAACCGGAUUUGAUAAAUUAUAACACCUCCUCUUCCUCAGACAUGAGUAGAGAAGAAAAGAUCAGUCAAAAAGAUAGAUUCUUGAAAAUGAUCUACCUUAAUUCCAGAUUCAAUUUCAUCACUAACGAGUUGGCCAACUUGAAACCAAUUAUUAAAUUCAAUAAAUUAACUUAUUUGAAAAGGUUCAUUGAAAUUUAUAGAGAGUAUAUCUUCAAUUCUUUAUCCAUAUAUCAUGCAAUAUUCAACUCAAAGUCAGUUCUUGUUGAAGCUCAACAAAAGGAAGAGGAAGACUCAAUCCUUAUUAGUCAAUUCAUAAAAAAUUUGGCAGACUUACUUUGUAAGGAACUUGAUUUGUAUCUCCCUGAAAUAAUUAACCCUUCAUCCACUGACGAAGAUAUCAAUAUUGAGAAAGUGAGCCAGAAAGACGGUAUAAUAUUACAGAUAUUGUACUUGUGCCGAUCUUUGGCCAAGUACAACGUCGACUUUGAAAAUAUACUAGCUUGGAAUUUAUGCUACAAGGAUCCCACACCUUUAGUAUCGGAAAGCGACUGGAAUAAAAAUAUUUCAAAAAUUAAGAAAGUUAGACUAGAUUAAAACAAAAGUUAAUAGCAUCAAUCGAACUAAACGUACAUAAAAAUUAAUAUAUAAUACAACAAUAAAG